AUCAAUUAUAUAAAACGUCAUACAAGUUGACGUUAAGAUAAUUACAUACUUCUAAUAUUUAUAUAAAAGAAGCAUCAUGAGCGGGGACACGCUGUAUGAAAGACCACAGAGAAAGAAUGUUCCCGAAAUACGAGCGCACGACUAUUUAUACGAUUCAACGUUCAUUGUAUCCGGCGCAAGGGACUACGCGAGGACCGCUUUCAAAGGCGCAAUGGCAUCGGCUCAAGUUAUCAUUCAGCCGGUUUACAGAACUAUGUUCUCGAACAUCAAGAAAUAUCCACGAAUGCGCGUCGUAUAUUAUCCGAAUUGCCGUCUACCAGACCACGUUGACGCCUCGUACGGCGCCUACGUGAGGAGGAGGAGGAUCGCCCCGGCGGCUUCUACUCCGGAACUCCUGGGAAAGGAACGGUUCAAAUAUUGCGCUGCGCCACGUCAAGUUUUGGCUGUGCCGAGAACGACUCCCGACUUCCAGCCUCAGACGCCGGAGUGCGCACCCUCGCUCCCCCACAAGCCGAGGAGCAGAGGAACUCAAAGCCUUUACAGGGAGUCAUCAGCCCAGACGGUUCCUUGGCAGCCCGACGCGAGACAAGCCGAGGGUUGCGAGCGAACUCCAGAAGUGUUAUACCUCGAUAAGUUGGAGUGGGGUCCGGGUCAACCGUAUCGCACCGGGGACUUGCCCGCCGAUUUUCAUACCACCGAAAUAAUAAACAAGAUGCGUCACGCCCGCAUCUGGUCGGAGGUGGCCGAGCAGGGGAAAUUCCCGCGCUGGAUGAAGAAACGCGACGCCAUUAUAACGGACGUCGAGACCAAGGACUGGAUAUUCAGGGAGACGGAAAUAGAUGAGCUGCAAGAGAUUCGCCUGGAGUUGCUGCACCGGAUGCAAAUGGCGAACCGCCAGAAGCAGACCUCGAGGACCGGGACGAAGCUGGCGAGGCUCUGGGACGCGAAGAAGCGGGAAAUGGACAAGAAGAUCGAGGGCAUACGAAGGGCCAGGGAUAGAGAAUUACGAAAGCUAAGCGCUGUACAUAGCAGCGGAGGUCGCGCCGGCCUUGUGGCCGCGUUGCGCGCGUCUCGCGGUGCCGGGUCGGCUCGCGCAGAGGCCGUGGACCCUUCGUCGGACGCGCACGCGCCGUUAGCAAGGCACGGGUACCAGGCGCGCAGAAGACACGCGGAGAUCACGUACGACCCGGACCUGUUGUCCCUCGAAGACCAUGAAGAGCUUUCGAAGCCUCCUUCUUGGCUGGACAAAUGCGGCCAGGAUCUGACCAGGACCUGUUCCGGGCAUCAUCUACCCAGAGACGUGACCCAGCUAUGCCAGCGGGAGACGAAAUGGAGUGAGAGCUUCUUAGAGAGCCUGCACAACGACUUGAAGAAGGCCCGUCUUGGCGCCGGAUCCCAAUCCGCCGGUCCUCUCCGGGUCCUCAGACCUCGCGUGACUAACGCCAGCCCUCGCCCUCCCACUCCCGAGGUGGAGGCGGUCGAUGAUACGGAAGAAGAGAACCACCAGGCCGCCCUAAUGCUGCAGAGGGUUUUGAGGGGCAGAGCGGUACAGACUCUGAUGUACGAAGGUCGCACGCGGGCGGCCGAGUUGACUGAGGAACUGAAGACCACGCACGGACUCCAGAAAGAAGACAAGUCCCGCAUCGCUCGUGAAGAGACUAAAGCGAGAGAAUACAACAUCUUCAAAAUGGAAAGAGAACAAAGGGAGGAAGCCGUGACUGCACUCGUUGACGAGUUAUGCGGGGGCGCAGUCUCGACCGCUUUGGACUUCUUGGAGAAGGAGCUGCGCAGGCUCAGAGAGGAAAGGAGACAGCACGCGUAUAUACUUAUCGCUUUGCGUGACAAGACGAUGCGCGAAGCUGCCGAAGCCGGCAGGAGACAGAAGGAGGAGCAUAGACGCAUGGAACACGACCAGAUGUUCAAGCAGAUAUUGGGAGUUACGCAAGAGACAGUCGAUGAUUAUCUGCUGGAGAUUGUGAGCGGAGGAGUGGAGCUCGCAGCGGAGAGAGACGCGCUGCGGAGAGCGCAGGCCAAUGCGGAUAAGAUCGAUGCGGACUUUGCGGAAAACGAAUCGAUUUCGACGGCGGAGCAGAACGAGCUGGUGGCGGAACUGGUGCACCAGUUUCUGUUGCCGCACGCGCACCGGACGGCGGCGCGGCACCGCAUCGCCGCCACGCAGCAGGCCAGGAUGGAGGCGGCCAGGAGCACCAUAUUUGGUCUCAUUGACGAACCGGACAAGACAGAAUUACAAUGCAUUAAAUGCGGUACACCCCUCGACGAGAGAUGUCGCUGUAAGAUAUGUCCUAUUUCUCUGGCACCAGCCGAGCGACCAGCCAGAGAUGACCCUCGAUGGAAGCACACUAGAAGUCGGCCCCGUGUCGAACCGAAGUCACUCAGCGAACGCUAUCCAGUACAUCACGAACUGCGCUGCAUGCUCAACGUGUUGGUCGAUGAAGCUGUGUUGGAGUCCCGCGACACGCGUCGAGCGAGGGUCGCCUUGAGAAGCGAAUGGGGGCGGUCGUUGCGGGAGAGAACCGAAGCUACCAUCGAUGCAGUGGAGAUGAUCGACACUGCUAUCAGCAGGGCGACGGGAGAGGUUCCGGUGCCGUUGAAGAAGAGAGAAUACCAUCACUACAUGAAGAGAGUCAUAGGAGAUGCUUUAGAACGGAGCGAGCCUUACCACAAGUCGCCGUGUCCGCUGGAGCUGCCCUCGGAGGUCCGUCGGAGGGCCGAGGAGGAGGCGAGGCUCGGAGACAGCACAUGCCGCUGCGAGGAUGACGGAAAGUCUGCAAUACAACUCGAUGACGAGAAGCAUCUGCUGCCCUCAGAGCUCAGGGCGCUCGAGGACCUGAGACGCUGCAAGUGUGACGCUGACUCCAUCACCACUGCCACUCAUGAUCAAUGUUCUACCGAAGAUUUUCAAACUAAUGUCGAAGGUGAAGAUGACGAGACUGACCUAAUUUAGUUUAUAUAUGCUUUCUUGUAAACAUAUCGCUUAUUCGGGCCCCGCAAUCUAUUGGGAAGGUAGCGCUCGGAUUGAGCGUCAGCGCGGACGUUGACCUCGCGCGUCACAUGCUUAUAUUUGUAUUACAUUGCUGUUUUUUUUUAUUGCUUAGAUGAGCGGACGAGUUCACAGUCCACCUGGUGUUAAGUGGUUACCGGAGCCCAUAGACAUCUACGACGUAAAUGCGCCAACCACCUUGAGAUAUAAGUUCUAAGGUCUCAGUAUAGUUACUAUAGCUGCCUCGCCCUUCGAACCGAAACGCAUUACUGCUUCACGGCGGAAAUAGGCGAGGUGGUGGUACCUACCCGCGCGGAUUCAUAAGAGGUUCUACCACCAGUUAAGAAUGUGCAAUCUUUGUUCGUUACUAUAACAUUCUACAGCAGUGGGUUAAUUGUAUGUGUGCGAUCCAAAACUGAUGUUGUUAAGUUAAUGAUAAUGAUGAAUAGAGCCGUUUUAAGAAAAAAAAAUUGAUAGUCUGCGCAAUGGAUGCUUAAGUGGUACUUGGAAACUCUACUUGGCGUAGCUGUAGCGUCUUCAGUGGAAUGUUGACCUCUUGUUCUAAAAAGGGCGCAUACAAAUUCUAGCUAAAUACCGACAAACUUUAUCAAUAUAGCUUAUUGUAUAUUUAUAUUGUAUUUUUUUGUUAAAGAAAUCGAAUUAAUAUUGAAUUAACGAUUUAUAAUCUCGACAAAAAAAAAAAAAGUACAGUAAAAAAAAAAAUUUGACGGUAGUUAGAAAAAUAUUCAAAUAUAUUUUGGUAAACAAAUUUCGGUAAUUAGGGGAGGUCGUUAUUUAGUAGUUAUAAUGAAAAUAAUCAACCGACAACCGAAGAUUGGAUACAAUUACGAACUAUUGCGUAUAAAUGAGUCAAUGAUGACAUAAUCAAGGGCGGAUCCAACUUUGGCGCCAGGAGGGGGUCACAUAAUCGUGGGCAAGUUAAGAACUUAUAAUUUAAUUUUGAUAACAAUAGAUAAUAAAUAAAUCAUGAUGUUCCUCAAUUAGUCCAAGUUAGUUCAAGUCCUGGAACUGGCUCGGGGGGGGGGGGGGGGGGGGGGGUCAUGACCCCCAUGGCCCCCCCUGGAUCCGUCGUUGGACAUAAUAAUAUCGGUAUUAUGUAUUUGGAGUGUUUAAAUUUAAAGAUGAUAAUGAUGAUAUGACCUAUUAUGUUUUUGGGAUCAAAUAAAGUUACUAUGAAUGAAA